AUGGCAGAUCUAGAAGCCUUAGCAUGUUUGAAGGCUGUCCAAUUUGCUUUGGAACUGGGAAUCACUCGAGUGGUGUUUGAAGGUGAUUCAGCAAUUGUCAUUAACACCCUUCUACACGAUGCAGGUGCAUUCGCUAGCUUCGGCAACAUUCUAGAUGAUAUACGCAUGCUCUCUGCUGUUUUUCAGUUUGUAGACUUUGUUUUUGUUAAUUGUCGUUGUAAUUUAGUAGCUGAUGCUCUAGCUAAAAAAGUUAAGCUAUUUGUUGGGGUUCAGGUUUGGCUGCAUGAAGUGCCAGCAGACAUUGCCCCUUUAGUUCUCCAUGAUGUUAACUAA